GAAUCUCCCCACGUACGGUACAGAUCGAGAUUAUUUCUCAGUUGUCCUCCUCAUUAAAUCUUCGAGUCUUUCCCCUUUUUACUCCCAUUCUGACACUGAUUCCAUAAAUUAUAUUGUUUAUCUACGUCCCAAGUUCACUGAUUUUUUUAUACAGUUAUUUUUUUCUUCGUGAAAAACAGUUUCUCAACAAGUGGCUCUGUGAAUAGUUCACCGAAAUGGCAUAUAGUUGGGAUAAUCGUGUUAGUUUCAUUGUCAAAUUCCUAUAUGAUAUCGAUAAUAAUGGAGUUCUCGAUCAGCACGAUUUCGAAUGCAUGGCCCUGAAAAUGACGCUGAUCGAGGGAAAGGGAGACUUCAAUUAUAAUCGAUAUCAGGAGAAUCUUCACAUAAUGCUCUCGCUAUGGGAAGAAAUCGCAGAACUCGCGGAUUUCAACAAGGACGGAGUUGUCACUGUAGAGGAGUUUAAAGAGGCUGUACAGAAGAGCUGCGUUGGACGCUCUUACCGGGAUUUUCCUCAGGCUAUGAAAAUGUUUAUUGAUAGUCAUUUCAAAUUGGUGGACAUUAACGACGAUGGUGUAAUAGCAGCCGAUGAAUUUCGAUACAACUGUGUGAGUCGAAUGCCAGUGGACAGUGUCGACGUUCUGGACGAGGCAUAUCAAAAUUUGUUGACAGACGACGACAGAAAACGAGGUGGACUGACUUUAUCGCGUUACCAAGAGCUCUACGCCCAGUUCCUAGGGAAUCCCGACGAAAAUUGUCCAGCAGUGCAUCUAUUCGGCCCUCUACGAGAAACCUGCUAAUCCUCAAUCCCCCGGAAAGCCCCUCACAAUCAAAAAAAUCCAUAUCGACAUGUACAAAACGACUAAUUAACUCGAUAGAGAAAUAAUUAGACCAUAAAUUAAUGACGUGAGAGAACGUUCGAAUAACUCGUAGUGAGUCUCAGGAUCCAGUAAGCAUUAUUAAUACUUUCAUUUCAAAUAAAAAUCACAAUUUGUUACGUUGACAAUGAAUAAAUAAAUAAAUGUUCGUAUCAUCGCUAUUUGAUAUGCCUUUUUUUAUAUUUAUUUCUCACAUCACUAUAUACAAGAUUACAAUGCUUGGCGUAUAGUUUCACAGAGACUUUUCCAUCAUUCAUCGAAUUGCAUUAAAUUUUCAACAGAAUUUUACAAAUGAAAUUACACUGUGGCAAUUACAUUAUCUACGCAAUCAAAAUCAACAAUAACCGGACGAUAUCGUUCCCAGUGACGAUAAUAUGAGAAUUAAAUUACAAUUCUAUGCCACAAAUACCCCUAGUAGGAUUUUAUUUUUACUAAUUUACAUCCAAAUCCCGUACCUUUACUCAAUUUAUUAACAAUAAACUGCAUCCAUUAGAUUUAACUUUGUAUCAGUUGAAGUGAUUUUUUGUAUAAAAAUUACGUUCUUCAUAGUACAAAAUUCUUUCCAGUUGUUUUUAUCGGUGAAUUUUAUAUAAUGAAAAUGAUUAUAUCAGUAACACAGCAUGUAUCUCGAUCACGAUAAUGGGGAUAAUUUAUUUAAGUGAUUGUAGUCGUGACUUGAACAAUGAAUUGAAUCCUAAUUCAUGGAAACGAGGGGAUGAGUUGGCAUUACAAGUCAAAUUCCUUCGCAAUGAAUUUUUAUUUGAAUUGUUGCUUAUUUUUACCUUUUUUCAAUAAAUCUCUGCGCAGCAGUAUAAAAUUAUUAAAUACACGUCAAUUAUUUUUCACGUAACGUUUAUGCCCCAGAGGAGGAAAUUUUCUCGGAAGAUUUCCUAUUUGAGAUUCGAAAUUCCGACGUUAGACCCUUUAUACCUCGAAUGUGAAAUAACUUUCACGAUAAAUCGAUGUUAUGCCUGAGAGAUACGCUGAAGACUACGACGUUUGAUUAAAUGCAAGCUGAAAAAUAUGUACCUCCCACAGAGACAAAUGAAAAGCGACACAACAACAAUUAAGAUACAAUUGAUUUUUCUCAUCUUUUCUCAAUUCGCAAUACUUGGUAAUACUUAGCAACUUGUCUUUCCAGACAACAAAUUUUUCAAUAAUUUUAGGCUAAUAAAACACGUGUAUUUGAAAAUAAUAUUGUUGAAGCCAGCCCCGAACGUUUAACACACACACGAAUGAAUACCAAAUAGCUGAAAUUAUUGUAAACUAGUUGCAUGAAAAUUAUUGCUCCGUCAUACGUCGGUUAAUAAUAUCAGCGAUGAUUCAUAAUUUAUUUUAUCGUAAUGUACGAUCGACUGAGAUGAAAUGUUGCGAAAUGAUUUUUCUCAUAUUUUUAAAUAAAUUCGUAUUGAAUUUGAUGUGUAUGCCAUUAUCGUGAACACAGUUUGAUAAACCGUUAUUUUUUUGACAAUAAAUUACGAAAACAAAAAUAUAAUUAUUUAGACAAUUUUUCAGAAAGAUAAAGUGCAACAAAAAUAUCUUCGACUGUUUGAACUCGUUAAUAGUUUAGUAAAUGAAAUUAUUUCAAAUUCCAUGAAAAAUAGAGUUCUUGUUGUUGACUUCAAAAUACCUAUUCUGAGUGUUCAUAGUACGUGUGGAAAAAUUUAAUUUAUUUGUAAUCAAAAUUCAAUUAAUUUCUCCAUUUUUCCCUGGCAUUGCCGAGACAAAUAAAUUAUCAUGAAAUAAACUUUUGAAAUAAUAAAAAAAAA